AUGCCUGGAAAGUAUAGUACCAUCUACCUUGUUAAUACUGAGAAGUUGUUGUGGUAUUGCAUCAAUGGAGAUAUCCAAUCAUUCAAGGAUACUAUGGCUUCGUUCCCCUCGAGUUCCAUGCACCAAAGCUUCGUCAUACAAGAACUUGGCUCCGUGAUGAUGGAGGCAAUCAAACAAGACAACACACAGUUCAUUUUGGGGCUUCUUCGCCAUGGUUUCGAGAUACAUUCAUACUUUACAUCAGAAGCAACAAUACAAAAAGCGAAAGGUGCACUCGAAUGCUUCAUUCAAAGAGGAUGGGAUAUCAAUGAACCGGCAAGCGACGUAAAGCCUCCGGUUCUCGGUUAUGCAAUCCAUACAAUCCAAGACGAAGAAAUGACCAAUUGGCUUCUUGAAGCAGAUAUCAGCAUCGAGGAUGCAAAUGGCCGUACUGUAAUUGAGUGGGCAAGAGUGUUGAAUCAGACGAAAAUUUUGAAGCCAUUGGAGAACUGA